AAUGUUAAUCUUUGACAUGUGCUCAAGGCACGGCUUUUACAAUUUUACCGUUUCGAAUACAAAUCUUUCGAGAUACUGAACUAUUGAAGAGAUACUAUUACAAAUCAGUACUUAUUAGUUAUUCAAUAGUCGUAAAGGUAAAAGAUAAAAGUUUAUUUUUCGAAUUAAUCGUAUAGCAAAAGUUAGUUAUUGACUAGUACAAACAAUGAGUUUGGUAUCGUUGAACGAGGCGGAAAAAGUGUACAUUAUUCACGGAGUCGAGGAAAAUUUUCGAUGCGAUGGACGCAGUCGACAAGAUUACAGACCAUUGGAAUUGGAAAUGGAUAUUGUGAGCAAUGCUAAUGGGUCAGCACGCUUGCGAUUAGCCAACUCCGAUAUUUUAGUAUGCGUUAAAGUUGAAAUUGACACCCCACUUCCUGAAGCGCCCAAGGAUGGUAAAAUAGAAUAUUUUGUUGAUUGCUCGGCUAAUGCAACUCCAGCAUUUGAAGGACGUGGUGGUGAACAUUUAGCUGCUGAACUCAGUCGCUUUCUUUCAUUAGCUCAUAGCCCAGUAUUUAACUUGAACAAAUUGUGUAUUGUUCCUGGACAAUCAUGUUGGAAAUUGUUUGUCGAUGUUCUGAUCUUAGAAUGUGGGGGAAAUUUAUUUGAUGCUGUAUCAUUGGCUGCUAAAGCGGCUUUAUGUAACACGAGUUUACCAAAUAUCGUGGGGACAUAUGAGGAUGGCCAAAAUAUCGAUCUCCAGAUAUCUGAUGAUCCAUUUGAUACUAAACCACUAGACGCGAGUGACUUACCUGUUUUAGUGUCUUUGUGUAAGAUUGGCAACAGUUACGUGGCUGACCCUACUAUAGAGGAAGAAAUAUGUGGUGCAGGAUGUAUUGUUGUAUCUGUUACGCCCAAAGGUAAUGUAACAGCCGUAUUAAAAAAAGGAGCCGGGAGUUUUAUGCCGGAUACGUUAAACGAGAUCAUUAUGUCUGGUUCACACAUUGGCAUUCUUUUGAACAAAGCACUCAAUGAAACUCUUACUCAAGACAUGUCCAGUAAUGUUUGUAAGCAACAAUAUGGUUUCCUCAAAUGAAUACAAAAUAAAGUACAUAAUUUUUCUUUUAAUGUAAAUAAUAUUUAAUAUAAACAUUUAUACAUUUUGUAAUACUGAUUGACAAUAAAAAUUAAAAAAAAAUGAAAAGUAAAA